AUGCUGGCGCCUUACUCUCGCGCGGCCUUCCCGCCGCUUAGAAGGAGCUUUGCUAUGGCCGCUCCCGCCAAACAGGAUGUGAUCGCGGUGAAGAAGGGGCGUGUGGUUUUAGACCAUGGUUUGCCGGACGAGCUCAAAUCCAGCUGCCAUGUCCUAGAAAUUGGAGAUACCAUCUACGAUGCAAUGCUCAAUCAGACCAACAUUUCCAGCAACAACAACAAGUACUACGCGAUGCAAGUCUUAGAGUCUGAUGAUCGAACUGCGUACUAUACGUUUGCGCGAUGGGGUAGAGUCGGCUCAAGCGCAUCCAAUCUGAGCAAGCACGACGCGAAAGAGCCAGCAGUGCGAGAGUUCGAGCGUAAGUUUCUAGACAAGACGAAGAACCACUGGAGCAACCGGCACAACUUUGUGUCUCAACCUGGGAAGUAUACUUUGCUGGAGAUGGACUACGAAGACUCUUCCGAAAGCAAGGAUGUCGCCGAGAGUAACACUUCUACAAAACUGGACGCUCGUGUUCACAGGCUGAUUUCACUUGUUUGCGACUUGAAUAUGAUGAAACAGGAGAUGACUGAGAUCGGAUACAACGCCCAAAAGAUGCCCCUCGACAAACUCAGCAAAGCUACAAUCCUUAAGGGUUAUGAAGCUUUGAAGAAGAUUGCAGCACAGCUAGAACUGAGCUCUCCAGAUGCAGAACUGUUGCAACAACUAAGCAAUGAAUUCUACACGAUUAUUCCACAUAACUUUGGGCACCGAUCCAUAAGAGACCAAACAAUCCGCACGAAGGAGCAGCUCAAGUCGAAGCUGGAAAUGGUUGAGGCACUCGGUGAGAUUCAAGUUGCAACGAAGAUCCUCAAGAGUGGGAACGAGGAUGAUCCCGCAUACGCACAGUACAAACGUCUCAAAUGCGAGCUGGACCCUCUCAAUACUGACACCGAAGAAUAUGAAAUGAUCGAAAGCUACUUGAAGAACACCCACGGCCAUACUCAUUCCGGAUACAAGCUCGAAAUUCGCCAGGCCUUCAAAGUCAGCAGAGCUGGAGAAGAUGAACGCUUUCAGCCAUUCAAAGACAACCACAAUCGGAUGUUACUGUGGCAUGGCUCGAGGCUGAGCAACUGGACCGGCAUACUCUCCCAAGGACUCCGAAUCGCUCCGCCUGAAGCACCAUCCACGGGCUACAUGUUUGGGAAAGGCGUUUACUUUGCGGACAUGGUCUCCAAGAGUGCCAAUUACUGCAAUGCUAGCGCGAGUAAAAACGCGGCAGUAAUGCUUCUGUGCGAGGUUGCUCUUGGUGACAUGAACGAGCUGCUACACUCGAACUACAAUGCUAGUGCGCUUCCACCAGGGAAACUGAGCACCAAGGGCCUCGGGAGGACAGUACCUCACAAGAGCGAGUUUAAGCAACUUUCAGACGGUUUGAUAGUACCAAUGGGGAAACCUUUAACUUCGGGUGCUUACCAUCAGGGAAGCUUGGAGUACAACGAGUACAUCGUUUAUAACACGGCGCAGGUCAGAAUGCGCUAUUUGCUACAAGUAAGUGUUGAGGAAUUUAGUAUGCAGGGAUCACUUGGAGUGCGCCGAUGGGAAGAUGACGAGUCCUCGGUGAAUCGCAAGAGGCCCAUAGAAAUUUUCUCUGGAAAGGGAGAUGAGGCUCUGGUCGCUGGUGGAGGUGCGUUUAGUGUCAUCUUUGCAAGCAAGAACGAGGUUUUCUCUUUCAGGAAUGCCCUGGACGGUUCUUUUAGCAGGCUGAUCGCAAAGCAUCAUAACGAAGCUCGGAGGCUUUCCUUCGCGGCUGCAUUGGAGCUGUACAGCUGCAAGCUCGUUGCGAACUCCACCGAGCUCACGGCCAACGGGUCGAGGGGCCGUCAACCUAAUUUGACCACCUUGUAA